UCGUUCGCGGCCACUGAAAAGUCAGGAGCGGCUCACAACUGAUUUCCCACGGAUUUCUGCCUCCAACGGCAGAUGCUGUCCGGAAGCAGUGCCCCCAGACAAGCAUGAGACCGUUAUCUUGGAAAGCCGGUUAGCCCUGCCGCGUAAGAAGCGCCGGGGGAGGCGAGCCUGGAAGAACAGCUAACCGAUCGCGUUCGCCGGUGGGGAAAAGUGCGGCGCGGGGCCGGGCCUGGGGUUCGGGCCCGCACUUCAGCACCGGCGGGGAUGGACAGCGUCUUUGGACCGGGCCACCGCCGGGACCCCACUGCGCCGCCACGGUCCUCGCUGCCGCCGUCGUCGCCGAGGGCAGCCCGGCUCCCAGCUCGGCGCAGCUAAGGGGCUUCGUCUCCGAAGCCCCGGCGCCCCCCUGGCCGGCCGUGAUAGACCGAAAGGGAUCUUCCUGCCUGCUGCGACCCCCGCGCAGGGCUCAGAGAAUCUCACCUGAUCCACAGAUUAAACUCGGCAGCAACUUCCAGGAUAAUUGUCGACAGGGGCCGGAGGAGCACCGGCAGCCCAGAGAGGCCGAAGUUGUCCGGCCUCUGAGAACCAUGGGCUCUGCAGACGGGGUCCGAGCGCUCAGAGGAGGCCCGCGCUGCUCCAAAUAAACAGGAUGCUCCCGAGCGGGCUGCACCUGUUUUGGAAAUAGCUUUGCGAGAGGAUCUUCUAGACCUACUCACAACCUGGCAUUAGAGAAACUGGAAGAUUCUAAUUCCUUUACUCGGCCGACCACUCUCCAGAAUGUUGAGAUUGCCAGAGAAGUGACCUCCGAGAAAAGAAAACAUUGCUCCAGCUAAAUUUAGACGACAUCCUGUGGGUGCCGUAGCACAUGGAUUUCCGGACUGCCUGUGAGGAGACAAAGACGGGGAUCUGUUUGCUGCAGGAUGGUAACCAGGAGCCCUUCAAAGUGCGGCUGCACCUGGCAAGGGAUAUCCUGAUGAUCCAGGAGCAGGACGUGACAUGUGUGUCCGGAGAGCCUUUCUAUUCCGGUGAGAGAACAGUGACCAUUCGGAGACAGGCUGUGGGAGGAUUUGGACUGAGCAUCAAGGGGGGAGCAGAACAUAACAUUCCAGUUGUGGUUUCAAAAAUCUCGAAGGAGCAGAGAGCUGAACUGUCAGGACUGCUCUUUAUUGGGGACGCAAUUCUUCAGAUAAAUGGGAUUAAUGUGAGAAAAUGCAGACAUGAAGAAGUGGUUCAAGUUCUUCGGAAUGCUGGAGAAGAGGUGACCCUGACAGUCUCAUUCUUGAAACGAGCACCUGCUUUCCUCAAACUGUCACUGAAUGAAGACUGUGCAUGUGCGCCGAGCGACCAGAGCAGCGGCACCUCCUCCCCGCUCUGUGACAGCGGCCUGCACCUCAACUACCAUCCCAACAACACAGACACGCUGUCCUGCUCAUCGUGGCCCGCGUCCCCGGGGCUGCGGUGGGAGAAGCGGUGGUGCGACCUGAGGCUCAUCCCGCUGCUGCACUCACGGUUCUCCCAGUACCUGCCCGGGACCGACCUGAGCCGGCAGAACGCCUUCCAAGUCACCGCCGUGGACGGGGUCUGCAGCGGGGUCAUUCAGUGCCUCUCUGCGGAGGACUGCGGGGAGUGGCUGCAAGCAAUAGCCACCAACAUUUCCAGCCUCACAAAGCACAACAUUAAAAAAAUCAACAGAAACUUUCCUGUAAACCAGCAGAUCGUCUACAUGGGCUGGUGUGAAAUGCGGGAGCAAGAUCCGCUUCAGGACCGUGUGUACUCACCCGCCUUUCUGGCCCUGAGGGGCUCCUGCCUCUACAAGUUUCUGGCACCUCCAGUGACCACGUGGGACUGGACCCGAGCAGAGAAAACUUUUUCAGUUUACGAGAUCAUGUGUAAGAUCCUAAAGGACAGUGACCUGCUGGACCGGCGGAGACACUGCUUCACCGUGCAGUCCGAGUCUGGGGAGGACCUGUACUUCUCAGUGGAGCUGGACUCUGACCUUGCCCAGUGGGAACGAGCCUUCCAAACAGCAACCUUCCUGGAGGUGGAGCGGAUACAGUGCAAGACAUAUGCAUGCGUGCUGGAGGGGCACCUGAUGGGGCUCACGAUUGACUUCAGCACCGGCUUCAUCUGCUUCGACGCUGCAACCAAGGUGGUACUUUGGAGGUAUAAGUUUUCUCAGCUGAAAGGUUCCUCAGACGACGGCAAGAGUAAAAUUAAAUUUUUGUUUCAGAAUCCAGAUACUAAACAGAUUGAAGCAAAGGAGCUGGAGUUUUCGAAUCUCUUUGCUGUUCUCCACUGCAUUCAUUCCUUCUUUGCUGCCAAAGUGGCUUGUUUGGACCCUCUGUUUCUAAGCAGUCAGGCCGCCGCCUCUGCGGCUUCCAGCUCCGGAGUACCAAGCAAAGCCAAGUACAUGACCUGAGCCUGAGCUCGGCCUCCCUCUCGUCUUGACUUGUAAACAGGACGACCUUACUCAUCGCCGCAGACAAUGGAGAAGCCAUCACAUCCCCAAGUUAGCAGUGAAGCCACGAGGAAAUCUGAGUGGAGGAGAAGAAGGUCAGACGGAUCCCCAAAGCACUGCCGUUUGGAAGGCCUCAGGGGAUCAUCCUAAAUGAGCGGGAUGACUUGCUCCUCCUUGUUGGGUCAGGACCACUGCGUUGCUUUCAUCAAAAGGGAAGACAAACCGAUGAAUGACGGGAGUGUGUAAAUAAUAUAAAAAUUGUAAGCUACCUAUAAAUAAAACACCCAUUAAACAGUCACGUCUGUAUUUUAGACUAUUUUAUAUGACAAAUACAUGAAGGGCCUGAUCAGGAACCAGUGCCCUGCUAUUGUGUGAGGAGCAACAGGAGGAGGCAGAGGCCCUGAGACCAGCAUGAAGACCCUUGUCCAAGAAGAGAGCACCUCAGCUCACUGGUGUGGAUUUCUCCUUAUAGCUUCACCCCAUGACUUGACAUUGGCACCCCAGUUUGUGUAUGCUGUUGUAAAUCAUUGCUGAGAAUUUCAAAAAGAUCAUUACAUUCGACCUACAAUAGCCACGAUGUGAAAUGGGGUAUUUCUUCCUGGGGUCACUGACA